GCCUUAUUUUAAAAGAUGAGGCUGUAAAGGUUUUCCAUGGCCACGAGCCUCCUCCUCUCCAUGGCCAUUUACAGAAUGGGCAAAUCAGACUGAAGACCAGGCCUGCUAGCGAUCAACGUUCCCGGCAACUCUGCAAGCCCUUCCAGCGGGCCUCGCUCUCCUCGCGGGGGUGUAGCUUCAUUCGGUCAUCCGGUUGCACUGGAGGAGGCGGCGCGGAACCUUUCUCUUCCGUCUCGCUCUCGCUUCCACCCGGACCCAGUUGGGGCCGGACGCUAUAGAGGCGACCUAAAUAUGGAGACAGCGGGCUCUGCGACUGGGCAGCCGGUUUCUCGGCUGGAGGCUCCGGGGUCCACGGAUGACCGGCUUUUCCUGGUUAAAGGUGGAAUUUUCCUUGGUGCUGUUGCUGCAGCGGGAAUGCUUGCAGGAUUUAUUACAACAUUAUCAUUGACGAAAAAGAAAAGCCCUGAAUGGUUCAAUAAGGGAAGUAUGGCCACGGCUGCAUUACCGGAGAGCGGGUCUUCCCUUGCCUUACGAGCUCUGGGCUGGGGCUCACUGUAUGCUUGGUGUGGGGUUGGUGUAAUUAGCUUCGCAGUCUGGAAAGCUUUAGGAGUUCACAAUAUGAAAGAAUUUCGAAGUAAAAUGCAAUCAAUAUUUCCAGCAAUUCCUAAGAACUCCGAAUCGGCUGUUGAGUGGGAAGAAACAUUGAAAUCCAAAUGAGAUGAGCAUGAAUGAAUUUCAAAAUGCUUGUUACAGAAAGGGGUGGCUCUGGAGACACCAUGACAGCAAAGGGACAGGGACUGAUUUCUCCCCAGGAACAUGACAGAUUGCUGACUGAACCAUGCGCUGGACAGCAUUCGGCCUCCUCAUCACAGGAGAGUACGUGUGUGCGUGUUGGGGAGGGUAAAGUUUUCUCAAAGUUAAGAAGACUAUUUACAAAUAGUAGUUACAGGGAUACCUUCCUUAUGUGGAGGGGAUCCCAGAGGAAAUAAUUCUGUUUGUAACAGUUGAACGAAGUUUCAGUUGAACCGAGUUUCAUUCCUAAAAAAAAGUUUAUAAUAAAAGUAUGAUAAAAAAAAGUUAUGAAACAGACUCCCUAAUAGCAAUAGUACUGCAGUGUGUCUAAUUAAAGGAGUUUCAAGAGCCUUUCUUGUCAGUAUAUAACAGAAUUUGGAAGUCUUAUUCCGGUUAGCCAGACUACAAAGUGACAGUCACCUGGUAAGUCCUGAAUAGUAGGAGAUGGGUGUUGCUCUCCUGUCCUGAGUGCGGUCUGUGAUUUACAGCCAGCACACACAUGUGAGUUACUUACGUGAUACCCUUGCUUGAAGGCCCUGUGAAUUCUUAGACUUAAAAAGCCAGCAAUGAGUUAUGAUCACUCCAGAAGGCACAGUUGGGCUAAAAUAAUGAUGAUAUCAGAGGUAAAAAAGUAUUUUUUGAGAAGUUGGUCCGGAUCUCUGAACACUGACAGUUUGUAAUUUUGUUUCAGUUGUCAAAGUGAAACAAAGCCCAAUUGUCAGCUGUCUUCAACAUUUUUAACCGGAAAGUCACCUGAGUACUGGGUCCCAAUAUUAAGUAUUUGGUGCCACCUCCCUAAUGAAGCUGUUAGGAUGAAUUCUAUGUGCACACCCAACUCACUCCUGUCUUCCAUGAUCUCCUACAAAAAAACAGAUGGAGAAUAAUGUCUACGUGCAAUUAUUUUUAGUGCAAUUGCAUUUUUAGAUAUUUUUAAAAAGAGAAAUACUUUAAUAUGUCAGUAUGUCCAGAGAAGUAACCUUUAGUUAAGUAUCAGUUGUGCCGUUUCUUUCUACUUGCCUAGGCUCUAAUUAAUCAGCAAUCAGGCUUAAUAAAGGACAUUUGAAAUUUCUGUUAUCAUGAAACCUUCUUAUCUAAGGGAGAUUUUUAAAUGAAAUGUCAAAUACUUAAUGUAACACUUUUCUCUAGACCAUGUUACCCUGUUAAAAUUGCUGUAUUGUUAAUGAAGCAGGUGUCGUCAGCA